AGAGAGAGGGAGGGAGAGAGAGAGAGAGAGGGAGGGAGGACGGACGAAGGGAGGGAGGACGGACGAAGGGAGGGAGUGAGUGAGUGAGUGAGUGAAAACUUUUCAGUUUUAAAGAGCGAGAGGAAGCGUGCGCUGGAGUCCCAACCAUGCAGGAGGAGCCAGGAGAAACUCUGGAAGGUGCCAGUAACGCGGGGUCAAUGUGGUUAUGCCCUCUGUGUCAGGAAAGUCAACCAGACCGUGAGAAUCUCUCUCACCACCUCACUGACAAACACAGUGUCCUCCCUGCUUGCCUGGAGAAGUUACUGGAUAUUGCUGCUCCUAAGCACCCUUUUAUUGCUGAAGAUGAAGAAUCCAAAGUGCAAAUUGAUGCAGAUGCCACAUCCCAGCUGAAACAUUUAGAGAACACAAAAUCCCCCUCAAUGGCUUCCCAAAAUGAGAGUGAAUCUACAGAUACAGGUGACAAGGCUGGUUCUUCUCAGGAAAAAGAGCUGGAUGAAGAGAUGGAGGGAGGGAGAAAUGAAGAAAGUGAAGCGGGGGUCAUGGAGUCAGAUCAGGACAGUGCGGACCAAACUAUAAAAACAUCAGAGGCUUCUGUCAGCAAUGGCAGAUCUGUCUGUAAAAACAAUGUUGCCUCUGAAGGUGAUAACCGUCCGUUCAAGUGUAAUGCGUGUUUGGAGUCAUUUCCCACUAGAACGGCUUUGAGUGUUCAUUAUAAUUCAACCACCCAUAUUCAGAGAAUGAGAACGGGGUCACUAAAAGAGAGUGACUCAACCCCUUUCCUGUCUCGACCUUACGUCUCCAACAAACCAUAUCAGUGUGGCGUCUGUCGUGUCUCCUACAAUCAUGCCAUCACCCUAGAAAGUCAUUUAAAAUCUGUGUUGCACCAGAGUCGCAGCAGGAGUGCUGGGAAUGCCACUUCUAGUUCCACAGCAAAUACAGGAACUGGAUCCAUGGUUACAAACUUGGCUGCGACCACUGUAGGAAGCACCACACAGUUAGUUAACACCACCACCAGCAAUUGUGUCACCCAAGCAAACCUGACUGCAUCUGCAGUAACAACCAAAAACGGAGAGCAGGUGCAGCAUCAGCUAGCUCCCUCAUUACUUUCUUCUCCGGUGGCUUCUGCACAAGCCAUGUCUGCUAUUCUCACUCUCCUGACUUCCAGCUCAAAUUCUCUCCCACACUCCAUUCUUCCUUCUCUCUACACAACCGGGACAUCUGCAACAUCAGAAGCAGCUACCCCACAGCUUAUACCCCAGCAUCAGAUGCUCAUGCCCCUGGUAUUGAAUGGAGUCCAAACCCAAAUCCAGGGCCAGAAUCCAGAGUCUCCAAACCAGCUUUUGCAGCAGGCAGUGCCAGUUCUUGGUCUCAGUUCGGCACAACAGGCUCUCUUGGCCCAAAGACUCAGUGGCUUGCAAAGUCAGUGGGCUGCAUUUGGCCUGCCAACCACCACUCAAAUGAGUUUAGAGGAGACCAUCAAGACACCGGACAAAGGUGCAGACAUGAGAGUAUGCAAUGAGAUGAAAGUUGAGCCUUUCAAUCAGCAAAUGUCAGUAAAAUCUGUAGAGGACUGGGAAAUCGAUGGGGUAAAAAAAGAGAUGUGUAUUAAGGGUGAGAAUACACAGGAGCAAAGUGAGAAAAUUGUGGGUGAUGGUACAACAUCUAAUGAAAAAGAUCAAGAAGAAAGGGAAAUGGAAGUCGAGGGGACUGGGGAAACGAUGUGUGAAGAGGAAGAUGCAAACUCCAAAGUAACUAAAUCUUCAGCAGCCCCAGUCAUUCAGGGUGAUAGUCCGAUGUCAUGUGUUUUGGAUCCAUACCAGGGUCUCGGCCAUACACAUACCGUUAACAGCUCUGCUGCUGCUACAUGUACCUUUCGUAACACUAAUUUUGCCUUAAGAUCUUUAGGUCAUAGAAGUGCAAAAGAUCAACCCCUCCUGUCUUCUGGUCGGCCUGUACUCACUGAGUUCCAGUCUCAAGUUCUGUGGGCCUUUUUAGAGUCACGAGAUGAUGCUGAAGCAUCUAGUCCUCAGCGGGAGGACUGCGAAGCCCUUGGCAGGGAGGUAGGGCUAAGUGGAGAAGAAGUACGCAAGUGGUUCUUAGGUGCCUGGCAAUCCAAAUCUAGAGAGAGAUUAGGCAGUUUCCAUGAUGAAAGAGACAGAAGUAUGGAGGAAGAAGAAGGUAAUUUAAUGAUAGAUGAGGGUGAAGAUGGAUACAGUCCACCAGCAACUGGUAGUCAUGCCAUUGACCUAUCCAGUAGUGCAGAAAGACAAAGAAUUGGUAAGGGAAGCCCAAGAGAACUGCUGUUGACCUCUGAUUCUGAAAAUGAAGAGUUCUACACGUCUGUUAUCGUUACUGAUGAAGAAAGUCAAAGCAGCUCUAUGAGGGAGGAGUCCGGUAGCCCAAUUAAGCAGUCUUUACUGGUUGAGCCAACAGCUGAAAGGCCAGGUGGUGGUGGAAAGGUUCUUCGCUCUACUACAGUCUUUCUCUCGGAUGCAGAGGAUGAAUAUGAUGAUGAACCAAGUAGAAAGAGGAAAAAAAGAAAGAGUGAGAUUGAUAAGGAAGAGGUGGAGAUCAAGCGGGAGAAGCAAGAUGUAGAUGUUGAUCUUCAGCUAGAGGCACAAGCAGACCCUCCUACUCCUCUUUCAGUUGCAGUUGAUCAUCAGGGUGUUCCAGCUGGAAUCUUGCAGUCACUGCCCCUUUCCCUGUCUCUGACUCAACUUUCCACCCAAUUAUACAGUCCAUAUUUACUCUCGCUUCCUUCAGUUAUUGGGGUUGGUGUUUCUGAAGGUGAUGGGGGUAAAAUAGCCUUUUCAAACACUCAAGCAGUUACUCGAAGCCUGGCACCGCUUUCGGACCCCCUUAAUUCACCCUCAGCCACCUCUCUUACACACUCCUUUUUAUCAAAUGGUAAUAAUUGUGAGUCUGCUUUGGAUCUAAGCAUGGGGAAAAACCACAGCUCUACAUUAUCAUCAACAUCAUCAUCUGGCUCCACAGCUAACAAGCCCUCUAUACAGAAAAGUAAUUUGCUUGAUGGUCUGGGAUUGAGACCUACAGAUGGAAGUCUUAUUGUUGUUCAGGUGAAGCCAGAUUCUGCCAUUGCUAUCCCCUCUUCCAAAAACAGUACUUUAACUAAUCGCAAUAAUUUGGCUAAGACUAGCACUGUUUACAUGAGGGCAGCAGAAAAACUUAGCUCAUCACUCAUGGAAAGGGAAAAAGAAAAGGAACGAGAAAAAGAACGGGAGCACAAGAGGCCAAAAGUCAGACGGUUCAGGGACAUGAGACGAUCUAGGACCAUCAUCCAUGCUGACCAGCUUGAUAUUCUCUAUGGAUGUUAUUUCAAAGAUCCAAACCCAGGAAAGCAUGAAUUUGAACAAAUAUCUGAGUGGGUGAACCUUCCAAAGAAAGUGGUUCAGAUCUGGUUCCAGAAUAUGAGGGCUAGAGAGCGAAAGGGAGAGGUCCGUUUUAUCAGUGAUGGCACUUUGGCAGCUGUUGGGAAACCACUCAUUAAGUUCACCUGGCCACUCUCAAAGCCCAUAUUCUCAAACCCUCCUAAAACUAACACAAGUCCCUCUUCCGGCUGGGCCUCUGCAAAACCCCAAACUGGAAAUGUUCUUCCAAAGACGGAUAAGGUGAAAGAGGUCAAGGAGCCCCUGAAAACUCCCACUCAAGGUCCAAGUAGACCAAAUCAGACACCCUCUUUCACCGUUGUGUCCACCAGUCCUUCAUUAGUUCACAAGACCAAAGCAGAAGUAACUCCCAUUACAAUGGUUAAAAUAGCUCCUAAAACAGUGGCCACACCGGUUGCAGUCCCUCUGCUUGUAAGUGGGAUUACUACAUCUCGAUCUGUUCCGAAAAAGGUUGAAGAGGCACGAGCUGAGUCGGACCAUACUGAUGAAGGGGACGAUGAUUACCAAGGAGGGGUCGAGUCUGGGACCACCAGCCAUAUGGUGCAAAAAUUGUCCACUACACCAAUUAACAAGUCUUCUGUAUUAGCAUCUCCGAAACACAAUGGGCUCAAAUAUUGGUCUCUGAAAAGUCCGUUUAAGAUCAACACCUUGUCAAGAGAACAGCUAGGCCUGAGCUCACAGCGACCUACGUCCACUACCACCACCACCCCUACCACGCCAUCCCCUGUGACAGUUACAGUAUCCUCUGGUCAUAGCCAAAAAGAAACAAGUUACAUGCAGCAGAACUCCACCCCAAGACGCCCUCGAACUCAUCUGAACUGUCUUCAGCUGUCCAUCCUGCAGUCGUGCUAUGAGACAUGUGCUCAUCCUAAUGCACUGGAGUGUGAGGCGGUGGGGACAGAGCUUGGGCUUCCACUAAAGGUUGUGCAAAUCUGGUUCCAAAAUACACGUGCCAAGGAGAAACGCUGGAGGCUUCAGCAAGAGAAAAUGUCUCCUAAUCCCAGUGACUCUUCUAAAAAGGUAGACUUCAGCUCGGGUAGCUACCUACAAUAUAAUGCUCUCCGAGCCAACCGUCCCAUCCUGCCCAAACCUGUACAACUGACAUUUGUGGAACCAACUCCAUCAUAUAUCAUCGGCCAGACAACAAACCGCGAAACUCUGAGAGGCAAGUGUGAGGCCUGCGGGGUUGAAUUCGAAUCCAGGGCUGCAGCACGUGACCAUGUCUUCUCAGCUCGACAUCUUGCCACACUGAGAACCACUAACUUUGGUCAGCAAGCAUCGUUGGUCAGCAAUGGAUCUGGUACGGGGUCUACUGGCAUUGCCAGCCAGUCUUCUACCCCAUCACCAGCUAGCAGCUCCAGCUAAACAAUGAAUUGGAGCUGGUUUUGUCUGCAGACCCACUAGACUUGUUGGCUUUCAAUAGACAGAUGGGUGCUGGUCUUUUAAGCUAAUGUUCUUUUGAGGUUCUAAAAUUGGAGCAGGCCCAGUUGACUCUGGCCAUCUUCGCUCUCUCUCCUUGGAUAUCAGUGAGACAUUUUUAACAUUAUUAUAUAGAGUCUUUGCUUACAGGACUCUUUUUAAUGACAUAUUGCCACAGCAUCAUUUUACUAUUAAUAAUCUACUGAAAUGGUAAUCAUGGACAUGCUAAUGCUUAUGUAAUUAUGGUCCAUCUUUCACAAUUUCAUCUCGUUUUAAACUCCUAUUAUGUUGGGUAAUAUUCUACUCACAUUUACACAAAACACUUUGAUUUGGAGACUCUAUGGU